AUGAAGAUUGUCCAGGUUGUUGAUAUUUUCUGGAUUAAGAUUGUCAAUGUGGUUGAGAGUUCCCUUAACUCACUUUUCUGCACAUGGUUCAUGGACAUGAUUUUCGAUGAAUUUAGAGAGGGCAAGAUCAACAUAGAUAAGACCUUAAAGCUGCUCAAUAAGUUUGACGUCUCAUACGAUUAUGUUCACGUGAAAAAAGUUUUUAAGAAAAAUGACAAACAGAAGUCUGGACUUAUUACCAUGGAAGAUUUCAGAGCAAUGUACCGAAUGCUGCUGCACAGACCAGAACUGGUCGAACUUUUCAACAGCUACUCAGGCACCAAAAAAGUUCUAUCACCGACAAAUCUAGCCGAAUUUCUCAGAAAGGAACAAUUUGAGCUGAAUGCGAAUGAGGGAAGGGCUGUUUCGCUCAUUAACCGAUACGAACCCAUUCAUGAAGCGAGAAACCAGAAGGAGAUGACCAUCGAAGGCUUUAUACGAUACAUGCUGUCUGAAGAGUGCAGUUUAUUCAAACUGGAGAACAAAACAAUUUACCAAGACAUGAAUUUUCCGCUCUGCGAUUACUUCAUAUCGUCUUCACACAACACUUACCUUAUCCAGGAUCAGCUAAUAGGGCCAAGUCAUCUGUGGGGCUAUGCCAAUUCCCUUAGAAAGGGAUGCCGCUGCGUGGAGAUCGACUGCUGGGAUGGACCCAAUAACGAGCCAGUGGUUUAUCAUGGACAUACCCUGACGAGCAAAAUUACCUUCCAGAACGUCAUCAAUGUUAUACAAAAACAUGCGUUUGAGUCUUCAGAUUACCCCAUCAUUUUGUCACUGGAAAAUCAUUGCAGCCCUCCACAGCAGGAAAGGAUGGCAGCUCAUCUCCUCGACAUCCUUCGUGAUAGUUUGUGUACUACAACCAUUGACAAUGCUGUGCCAUCAGAAUUACCCUCCCCAGAGCAAUUGAAAUUUAAGAUCCUGAUCAAAAAUAAGAAAGCUGGAUCACUCCAAGACACCCUUAAUCGGAGGGGUCAGGCAUACAAGGGCCUUACAGAAGAGACUGACGAUACCUUGGAGUCAGACGAUGAUGAGGAUGAAACGUCUGGACACAUGCUAAAGAAAGCACUCAUUCGGAAACAACAUAAAAAAGAUAAGGGCCCUAAAGUCCAUGUGGCUUUGCUCCUUUCCGAACUUGUGAUUUAUACCGCUUCUCGGAGGUUUGUCAGCUUUGAGGAUUCCAAGGAGAAGCAGAAAUGCUACCAAAAUAAUUCCAUUGGAGAGGUGAAAGGUCAGAAGCUCAUCAGCCGGAGAGCUCCUGAUUUUGUCUCACACACAGUCCGCUUCCUUACAAGAAUUUACCCCAAGGGAACCAGAACAGACUCUUCAAAUUAUGAUCCUCAAGAAUUUUGGAAUGUCGGAAGUCAGCUGGUGGCCUUAAAUUUCCAAACACCUGGUGUGCAGAUGGAUUUACUCAUUGGAAAAUUUUUGGACAAUGGAGGCUCUGGUUAUCUUUUGAAACCAGAAUUCUUGAGAAGAAGAGACUCUGCUUUUGACCCAUUUAAUGUGGGUGAUAGGUAUAAUCCCAUUACGCUAACAAUAAAGAUUAUUAGUGGCUAUCAGCUACCUCCAAGUAACCUCUCCAAAAGUAACAAGGCUGAUCCUUUAGUCAAAAUAGAAAUUCAUGGUGUUCCAACAGAUAUGACAAAACGACAGACUUCUGUCAUAAAGAAUAAUGCUUUGAACCCUAGAUGGAAUGAGACAUUCACCUUUACUGUCAAAGUUCCAGAUCUUGCCUUAAUACGCUUCAUAGUAGAAGAUCAGAUGGCAGUUCUUGCCAAUGACUUCCUUGGCCAAUUUACUUUGCCACUUUUGAGCAUGAAUAAAGGUUAUCGCCAUGUUCCGUUGGUCUCCAAACUUGGAGUUACCCUCAAGCCUGCCUCUCUGUUUGUCUACAUAUGGUACUUUCAACAGUAA